AUGAGAACCAGGGCCUGUAAUCGAGAGACUGCUGUCAGCAGCCGCAUCGACUUCCUCAUUCUGAUCAGGUGGCCUGCAAUAGACACCUACCACAAGGAGGAUCCUGCCGCCGCUUUCCUGGCGCAGCAAGAGAAUGAGAUAGCGGGCAUCGAGAACGACGAGGGCUACAGCAUCCUAGAGAGCGGCGAGGUGCCGGCGGAGCUGCAGAUUCCAGGUAGCCUCGGCUCGGGUGCUGUUGAUGGAGUGGUUAAUGGAGAUGACUAUCAGGAGAGUAAUGGUCCAACAGACUGCUAUGCUGCCAUAUCCCAUGUAGAUCGACUGCAGUCAGAACCAGAGAGUAUUCGCAAGUGGAGAGAGGAGCAAAAGGAGCGCCUAGAGCAACUUGAUGACAACUCGCGAAAGCAAGAAGCAGAAUGGAAAGAGAAAGCAGUAAAGGAAUUGGAGGAGUGGUAUGCAAGGCAAGAUGAAAAGCUUCAGAAAACAAAAGCUAGCAACAGGGUGGCAGAUGAAGCAUUCUACAAACAACCCUUCGCUGACGUGAUUGGUUAUGUCACAAACAUAAAUCAUCCUUGCUACAGCCUAGAACAGGCAGCUGAAGAAGCCUUUGUGAAUGAUGCAGAAGAGAUUUUUCCGGGCACUGAGUGGGAACGUGUGGCUCAGCUGUGUGACUUUAAUCCGAAGUCUAGUAAGCAGGCAAAAGAUGUGUCCCGCAUGCGUUCAGUCCUCAUCUCACUCAAGCAGGCUCCACUGGUUCGCUGAAGGAAAGCACAAUGGAAACACUACAACUGCAGUAUCUAACUUUACUCAGAGAAGCUGUGUUUGCAGUAAUUGAAUUAAUUAUUUUGAUGUUCUGGUUUAUUUUGGACCAAACCUCAUGAUGUAUCUAGAGCUGAUAAUUGUUCGAUUGCAUGUUAUUCCUCAUGUUUCCUUUCUGUGUCUGAAAUGGGAGAACCUCCAAAAUUGUAGUCUCAGCGCUAUUAUGCGCUGAGAUGUUGCUUCAUACAUUACUGAUAUUAAAGAUCUGUUAAACAGCAAAA